ACCGGCUGAGCCGCGUCGGGCUCGAUAUAAAACUUUAUUAUGAAUAAACACCGAAUUGAAAUUAACGGGGUCGGGAGUGCGGGCCGCGCUCCGCUCCCCCCUUCCCUCCCGCCGCCCCGACGGAGCGAUGCCCAAGACGAAGAAGCCCGCUCCUCCAAAGCCAGAGCCUAAACCUAAAAAGGCAGCUCCAAAGAAGAGCGAGAAGGUGCCCAAGGGCAAGAAGGGGAAAGCUGAUGCUGGCAAGGAGGGAAACAACCCUGCAGAGAACGGAGAUGCCAAAACAGACCAGGCCGCGGAAAUGACGCUAGGCAAAAAAGAAAUGCGAGCGAUUCUCUUCUUCGAGUUCCAAAUGGGUCACAAGGCAGCGGAGACGACUUGCAGCGUCAACGCGGCGUUUGGCGCAGGAACCGCGGACGAGCGCACGGUGCAGUGCUGGUUCAGGAGGUUUUGUGAAGGAGAUGAGCGAGGCGGCCAACCAUCGGAAUGCAACAGCCAGCUGAGCGCUGAUCCCCUGACAACCACGCGAGAAGCUGCCGCACAACUCAACGUUGACCACUCUACGGUGGUUCGGUGUUUGAUUCAAAUGGGAAAGGUGGAAAAGCUCGAGAAUCAGGUGCCUCACGAGCUGACCGAAAAUCAAAGAAAUCAUCGUUUUGAAGUGUUGGCUUCUCUCAUUCUACGCAACAACAAGUUUCUCGAUUGGAUUGUGACAUGCAAUGAGAAGUGGAUUUUAUACGACAACCGGCUCGGUGGCUGGAGCACGAAGAACCUCCAAAGCGCUUCCCGGAGUCAAACCCGCACGCAAACAAGGUCGUGGUGACUGUUUGGUGCUGUGCGGCCGGUCUGAUCCACCACAGCUUUCUGAAUCCCGCGGAAACCCUCGCAUCAGAGCGGUACGCUCAGCAAAUCGGCGAGAUGCACCGAAAGCUGCAACGCCUGCGGCCGGCGCUGGGCAGCGGGAAGGGCCCGAUUCUCCUCACGACAACACAGCCGGCGCUUCGGAAGCUGCACGGGUUGGGCUACGAAGUUCUGCCGCACCCGCCACGCUCGCCCGACCUCUUGCCCACCGACUACCGGUUCUUGGAGCAGCUCGACAGCUUCGUGCAGGGAAAGCGCCUCCGCAACCCGCAGGACGCAGAAAACGCGUUCCGGGAGUUCAUUGAAUCCCAAAGCGCGGAUUUUUACGCUUAGGGAAUAAACAAACUUACAUCUCGUUGGCAAAAAUGUGUUGAUUGUAACGGUUCCUAUUUUGGUUAGUGAAGAUGUGCUAUGAUUAAUAAACAUGUAUUCCUAUUUUGUUUAAUAUACAUGCGUUCCUAUUUUGAUUAGUGAAGAUGUGCUAUGAUUAAUAAAUAUGUAUUCCUAUUUUGUUUAAUA